AUGCCUCCCAGCCCCCUAAUCAUCACCGGAUCUCGCGACAGCCAGUUGCGCGUGUGGCGUCUCCCGGAGACGGGAUCGAGAAGAUACAUUCAGACCGACCCGCAAGCGAAUGAUGUUAACUGUCCCUACUUUAUCCGCACGCUCCAAGGUCACAGUCACUCGGUACGCGCUAUCGCCGCACAUGCCGAUACUCUGGUGAGCGGGAGCUACGACAAUACUGUCCGCGUAUGGCAUAUCAGUACGUAUAUUUUAACAGGCCACAAGCAAAAGGUGCAUAGUGUCAUUUUAGAUGUUUCCCGUAACCGCUGCAUAUCGGGUAGCAUGGACGGCUAUGCCAAGAUCUGGGAUCUGGACACGGGGUCGUGUCUCUAUACUCUCGAAGGGCACUCCCUGCAUGUUGGCCUGUUAGAUCUCCGCGAUGAGCACCUGGUCUUGACCGCAGGAAACAGCACUCUGAAAAUAUUCAAUCCCGAGAGCAGACGAUGUCAAUCAACACUGGCAAUGCACGCUGGUGCGAUCACCUGCUUUCAGCAUAAUAGACAUAAAGUUAUCAGUAACAGCGAUCGUGCUUUGCAAUUAUGGGACAUCCACACAGGCAAGCACCUCGACGACCUGCUCACAGAUCUUAGUGCUGUCUGGCAGGUUCGGUUUGACGAUCGACGUUGUGUGGCUGCCGUUCAGCGUGAUAACUUGACAUAUAUCGAGAUUCUUGAUUUUGGCGCCGUUCGUGAUGGCAAACCGGCCGAGGAGCUGGGAAAACGCAUCCUCCUCACUGCACCCGAAGAUGAACAAAUUUUUGAAGAGAACUGA